CAGUACUUGUCUCACUUGUCUCUACAGCGCAGCACAGUGGGCAGGUCUGGUCUCCGCCCCCUGCACGUUCCUGAGACUACAGCACGCCGUGCUUCUCUUCCACUCAGCACUUACUGAAGCUGCAGCGAUGUUUUCUUGCAGAGCGGCCUGGCGGAGGUGUGGGCCUCUGGCUCGGAGAGCCGCCUACAGACUGCCCCUGGACGGUGUGCAGCGGCAGCCCAUGUCGUCAGUUCCUGGAGGCUCUGGGCAGAACAUCCUGUACACGGUGCUGUGUGGUGGAGCUCUAGUCGGCGCUCUGUCAUAUGGAUAUAAGACUGUGACCUCAGAUCACGAACGGUUUAUUGAGCGCGUCAGUGAAAUCAGAGCCAGACCCAAGACUGAAUGGACACCUAAACCCUGGCCACCUAAAGGCAAAGAUGAAGAUGAAGACAGAGAGGCUGACACUGGGGAAGACGAAGCUGCUGCUACUGCUGCUGAUGAGGCAGAAACCAUAGUGGAGGAAGCAGCUGAGGUGGUCGCAGAGGCCGCCGAGGCGGUUUCAGAGGCCGCUGAGGCAGUCGCUCAGGUGGCACAGGAAGUGGAGGCAGCUGCAGAAGAAGUAGCCAAAGUGGCUGAGGCAGUGGAAGAGGCUGCCGAGGCUGUGGCCGAACCUGCCGCUGUUGGUGCAGAGGAGACGCAAAGCGAUGUGCCACUAGCAGCUGCCUCUGCAUUAGAGUUACUGAAGAAAGCCGAAGGAAAAGAUGACUUGGCAUCCAACAAUCAAGAACCCCUCCCUCCAGAAGUGGAAACACCUGUUGAAAAAGUUACCCCUACUGUUACAGAGGUCUUGACAUCAGAUGGAGAUACUUCAGUCAAAGCUGUAGCAGUCAGUGAGGAGGCUGUUACACCAGAGGAAGAUGGAAAAGUUUCUGGAGCUAUAGAAGUAGCAGCAGCCACGCAAUCUCCUGCACUGGUAGAGGUCGUGUCAAUAGAAGAAUCAGCAGCCUUUGCAGAAGUUGGAGCAGUUGCUGAGGUGUUCCCUACACCAGGAGAUGUUGUGCCAGUUGCAGAGGAGCCUCCUGCACCAGCAGAGGUUGCACCAGUUGUUGAGGAUGUCCCUGUACCCACAGAGAUUUCAGCAGUUGUUGAGGAGACUUUGACAUCAGCAGAGGAUGCACCAGUUGUUGAGGAUGUCCCUGUACCCACAGAGAUUUCAGCAGUUGUUGAGGAGGCCCCUGUAGCUAUAGAAGUUGCAUCAACUGUCAAUGAGGCUCCUGCACUUGUAGAUGUUGCACUAGUUGUUAAAGAGACUUCAACACCAGCAGAGGUUGCUGCAAUUGUUGAGGAUACUCUUGAACCCGUAAAAGUUGCACCAGUUGUCGAGGAGGCCCCUGCACCUGUAGAGAUUACAGCAGAUGUUGUGGAAGCCCCUGUACCCAUAGAGGUUGAGGUAGUUGCCAUGGAGGCCCACGCACCCAUAGAAACUGCAGAAGUUGUCGAGAAGACUUUGAUACCAGCAGAGGUUGUGCCAGUUGUUGUGGAGACUUCAACACCAGCAGUGGUUGCUGCAAUUGUUGAGGAUACUCUUGUACCCGUAGAGAUUGUGCCAGUUGUUGAGGAGACUUCAAAACUAGCAGAGGUUGAGGCAGUUGUUGAGGAGACCCCUGUAGCCAUAGAAGUUGCACCACUUGAGGGCCCUGUACUCAUAGAGGUUGUGCCAAUUAUUGAAGAGACUUCAACAUCAGAAGAGGUUGCACUGGUUGUCGAGGAGGCUUCUAUACCCACAGAGGUUGUGGCAGUUGUCGAGGAGGCCCCUGCUCUCGAAGAGGUUGUCGAGGAGGCCCCUGCACCCACAGAGGUUGCUCCAGUAGUGCAGGAGACUCCUGCACUAGUAGAUUCUAGCAAAGAAUACAUUGUUGUUGUCCUGGAAGGAACACCCAAAGAAGAGAAAAGACCCAAGGUCCUUGGAGUUGGUCCUAUGACCGGUAGAAUCAUCCCAGCUCCAGAAGAUGACAGUACCCCAGCCUCUGAGGGUAGGCGACAUCUUCUUAGGAUUCAAAUGCAGUAGUAUCCAACAAAGUAAAGCACUCCUAAAUGAUGACUUUCAGUCCUCCACUAGAAGACAGAGGAUGUGCCUUUCUCCUACACUUUAUCCUUCAGCUCUGAAAUUCAAAGGGACUAACUGGUUACACAUUACUGACACGGUACAGUGUUUAGAUCACCAGCUGCUAUAUUGAGCCCACAUAGCCCAUUACUGUGAAAUGUCACAUGUGUAACAGUUACAUUGUAGCCAGAUUGUUAUGGGCAUAUGGUUUUUGUUGUGUUGUCAGGAACAUUUUCUGUCUCCUCUGUGAACUACAAUCUAUUUACAGCUUUUGACUAAACUGAGCCUUUCAAACAUCCCAAAGCUUUUACUGUUACACAUUAAAGCUUUAAAAACCACUCCAGUGGAAUAUGUUGACAUUGUGCAUCUCCAAACACUGCCCCGCCGCCACAGUAUUAGCUCUCAAAGCGAGGAGCAUUCAGAUCCACCAGCACCGUAUUAUAGAAACCAACCUCAAGUUUUUUUUCUCUGCUUCUUCUGGUUCCUGGUGGAACCGCUCUGACUGUACUUUAUGUUUAUGAACAAACACGUGAAUCCAUGAGUCUGACCUUCUACCUCACUGUUUUCCCUCAUGUUCAUCAUUUUAAAACAACCCCUUCAAGCUCUGUACAAUCCAAUCAGUGUUAGGUUCCUUGCUCUGCAACAUAGCACCUAAACCAUUACCUUCACAAUGGUCCCAUUAAAUUGUAAUGGGGUCAUUAUUAAAUACACUCCAAGGAAAUUAUAUGAACCAUAAAUAAUCAGCACCAGGUAUCUGAUAUUAUAGCCACAGAUUAAGACUGAAAAAAGAAAUGGUAAGGGAACUGUAACUAUAGUCAGUAUCAUCUCUAUUUUACACAUUCUGGAAUCAUCAUUGAAUAACUGAGUUAAAUGGGGGAAUAAAGCAGCAUCAUCCUGUUCUUUCACUGUUUAUGUUUCUAUCCUAUCUUGUUUUUCUAUGUUUCUAAAGUUGACCCUGUAUUUAAGUGGAGCUUAAAGGCUUCCAGCAUGUACAAACAGGUGACAAACUAUAUGUUAAGGGAUUGUGAUUUUUAAUGGGUCACUGUUUCAGAAUGUCUGAAGGAAGGCCUCCAGUGUGAAAAGCGUUGACAACUCAGUGGUUUUCUCUUCCUUCAGAUUUUUCUUCCUCUUUGUGAAUUUCUUUCUUUCAUAGCGCAGCAGGGAUCACUGAAACUGAACUGAUAGAAUAGAUGUUUUGAAAUGGGAUAUUACACACUGUCCUCUAUGCUUUCAGUUGAAUUUCUCUACUAGUGGUUGCCAUUAAAUAGCAGAUUCUGUGGAAAAUGUACUCUUGUUUUGCAAAAUAAAGAUACAGAAUUUGAAAACAGAA